AAACAACUCAACUCGUGUGUUUGUUGUCGCAGGACCGAAUUUUCAUUUUAGUAAAAUUGCAAUUAAAAUGUUUAAAACUGUUUUAACUGCAUUUACUGGCGCGUGCAGGCAACCUGCCUUAGUCCGAAAUUAUGGAAAGCACAACAAAAAGUUCCUGUACAAGGACGGCGUAAAGAUAAACAACAUUUACUUCUACCCAAACAGUGAAUGUAGCUCUCACCAGCUGCCGGAAGCCGGGGAACCGUCCAAACUGUUCAGGGUUCGCCGCAUCAAGCCGGUCAAAGGAUGUCCCCACUGGGAGAAGCGUAUCCUGCGAGAUCUCGGCCUAUACGAGGUAAACGCCGUGGCCGUGGUGAAGAACAUCCCCGAGAACAACGCCCGCCUGUGGAAGGUAAAGCAUCUGGUUGAGGUGCUGCCCAUCACGUUUCCGCACGGGGAACCAACGGCGGCGGACAUUGAUUACACGUUCCUCAAGGAGGACGGCAGCUGCGUCGUGGUGAAGGAGCUGGACACGCGCACCGUCCGGGACAAGCGCCUGGAGGCGGCGGUUCAGUUUACGCAAACCGAGGAGCGCAUGGACGGCGAGACGCUGCGGAAGGACUCGCGACUCAAGUGGCUGAAUCCGUGGUGAAUGGCGUUGGGGUUGAGUGUAGAGAUUUGAGGAACGAGUAAAUAAAAAAUUAAAUCCAA